AUGAGUAACGAAAAAUCAAAACUCGAUACAACACAUGGAGUCAAGACAAUCGAAACCAAUUAUCCACAACAACAAAAACCUUUACACGAUUUUAAAAGACUGUCUUAUAAAAAAUAUUCUUCGUCCUGUCCAACAAACAAAUGUUGCUAUGCCUAUGAUAAUUUAGCUUACGGUUUUUCUAACGACAUUAAACACGCCAGUCAAGUUUAA